AUGAAGACCAAGUUCUGUAACGGCGGCGAGGCCGACCCUUCCCCGCUGGGGAUCCUGCUGGGCUGCAGGCCGGGCCCUGUCGAGCCCGCCCUCGCCCAGUCGCCCUCCUCCACGCCAUCGCUGCCUCCCUCCCUCGCCGAGGUGGAAGCCAAGGAGCUGGGGCUCCGGGGCCAGCAGCCCCUUGCUCUGCUGCUGCCGCCCACCCCUCCCUCCCUGCCGCUCGAGAACCAGACCGACCCCCGCACCCGCCGCAAGGCGUAUCUGUGGUGCAAGGAGUUCCUGCUGGGGGCGUGGCGGGGGCUGCGGGAGGACCAGCUGCGCAUCACGCCCAUCAGGUCAGCACCGGGUGGGUGGGGUGGGCCGCUCGAGGUGGUGAAGCCGUGGUCUGCUAGGGGAAGCGCUGACCGCUGCAGGUUUCUGAGCAUGUACAGGUUUCUGAGCGCUUCCCUCGCCGUGGAGUCAUCCCCCCCCCCCCGCCAUCUCGUGCUAGUCCAGAACAGGCACCUGAUGUCGUAG